UCACAAGAUAUUAUUAUCUAUCGUGAUUUUCAUCAGACUACAAUUUAAAAUGGAAACGGAAGUAGUAAUAACCUCUUACUGGCAAACAGCUGUUUUCUAUAUUCUCAUUGCCAUUACCACGAUAUUGUUUAGCAUUUACAUCUACAUCGAAACUUUACGAACAGUACGUCUCGGGAAUAAGUUACCGGGACCGAAGACUGUUCCAAUACUAGGAAAUGCUUUAUUAACUCUUGGCGUUCAUCCCGAUUACAUUUUGGAUAAACUGUUGGAGUAUGACGUGUACGGACCUGUGGUUCGCGCGUUUAUAGGAAGAAAAUUAGUGAUCUUUAUGUAUCAUCCCCGAGACGUUGAAAUUAUCCUGAACAGUACAGUUCACAUUGACAAAUCAUCGGAAUACAGGUAUUUCAAACCGUGGUUGGGAGAUGGAUUAUUGAUUAGUAGUGGUGAAAAGUGGAGAACACAUAGGAAGAUCAUAGCGCCAACAUUCCAUCUGAACGUUCUGAAAACUUUCGUCCCGUUGUUCUAUGAAAACAGUCGAGAUUUGGUGAUACGGCUGCGCGAUCAAGUGGGAAAAGAAUUCGAUUGUCAUGAUUAUCUUUCAGCAGUAACUGUUGACAUUUUAUUGGAGACAGCGAUGGGUAUGAGACAGUCGGAGAAACAGAAAACUGGAUAUGACUAUGCCAUGGCCGUGAUGAAAAUGUGCGAUAUAAUUCAUCGACGCCAAUACAACGUGAAUCUCCGGUACGAUUUCCUCUUCAAGUUUUCGCAAUACGCGAAGCAACAAGAGCAGUUGCUCGACAUCAUUCACAGUUUAACGUCGAACGUGAUUCGUAAAAGGAAGGAAUCAGCUUACAAGGAAAUUUGCACGAAUAUUGAAGAUUUUCGUAAGCCAAGUCAAGAUAAAGACACCAGCCAAAAUAGAGAUUCCAGUCCGAAAGAAGAGGUCGAAGGCACAAAAAUACAUUAUGCUAGGGAUGAUCUUGAUGAGCAAGAUGACAACGACGUAGGAGAGAAAAAGAGAUACGCCUUCUUAGAUCUUUUACUGGAAAUUUCAAAGAGCGGCGCGCAACUUACUGACGAAGAAAUUAAGGAAGAAGUUGACACCAUAAUGUUUGAGGGACACGAUACCACUGCUGCAGGUUCCAGUUUUGUUCUCUGCGUACUCGGGAUUCAUCAGGAUAUUCAGCAAAGAGUGUACGAGGAGUUAAAUGAAAUUUUUGGAGGAUCCAGCCGGCCUUGUACAUUCCAAGAUACGUUGGAAAUGAAAUAUCUGGAAAGAGUGAUCCUAGAAACUUUACGACUUUUCCCGCCGGUACCUGCCAUUGCUAGAUUACUUAAAGAAGACGUAAAACUUGCUACUAAUGGCUACGUAUUGCCAAGAGGUUGUACAGUAUUAAUUGCACCGUUUAAGGUACAUCGAUUAGAAGAAUUCUAUCCGAAUCCCGAAGAAUUUAAUCCCGAUAACUUUUUGCCGGAACGAACGCAAAAUAGGCAUUAUUAUUCCUUCAUUCCGUUCAGUGCUGGACCAAGGUCUUGCGUGGGAAGGAAAUACGCGAUGUUAAAGUUGAAGGUUUUAUUGUCGACGGUUCUGCGGAACUACAGGAUCCUGUCGGAUCUCACAGAAAAGGACUUCCGGCUGAAGGUUGAUAUUAUUCUCAAGAGGGUGGACGGCUUCCGAAUAAAAAUUGAGCCGCGAAACAAAAGCGAUUUAGAAGCUCGUAUUUAAGACGGAGCUCCUUUAAUUUUAAAUGGUAUCUUCGCCAGUAGAUUGGAUUCUACACAAAUGUU